UUUUUGUGCUGCGCUUUACAGAUCAUCCCCAAAGUAAUCAAAUAGCUAAUUAUUUGUAUUAAUUUUCUGAAUUUACCGUAAAUAUGCAUAUGUGAAGUCAUAUGGUCAUAUUACGUACGCGACCCUUCAUAUGGUUUUAGCAACUUGUCUGUUGAAGUGCUUGGGCAGGUUGCCAUGUUCAACCCAAGUGAACUAGAAGGUGAAGUAGAUCACACAUUUUUCGAUAGUGAUUGUGAUGAUGAUGGCAGCAUCAGCAGAGAUGGAAUGAAAAGGAUGGACGGUAGCUUGAAGGCUCAUAAGGAGAAUGUAUCAGAACAUGAAACGUUACCUGUAAAACUGAGUGAAAAUAAAACAAGCCGUUGGAAUCUGAAGACUGAUAAGUCACAAAGUGUCUCAAAACAAGAGGAAAUCAGCCGAACCAGUGGAGCAAAAAUAAAUGACAAUUUAUCAUCUGUUGCCUUGAAAUCAGAUGUCAUUAUCAGAAAUGGCAUUGAUGAGAAGGGUGACUCAAAUUUGCAGUCUUUUGGAGCUAGUGGAACAUUUAUGACUUCACUGGCUGAAGUCAACAAUGUUGAUGAUGACUAUGUUUACUAUCGAGAGACAAAAGAAUUGCUGUCCUCUUCCAAAUACACUGGCAAGGAAAGAACAGAUAUGAACUCCUCUAAGAAGUUGAUGAAUAAUAGUCAACCUCAAAGUCCAUCUCCUUCAAUUGUGACCAAUGUAGACUCGGACUCGGCAUGUUCCAGUGGCAGCGGCAGCAGGAAUAGGAGAAACAUUUCAGCAUCCUCUGACAUUGCCAACCAUGACACCCCUUCUUCCCCUCGAGUAAGAAGGACCAGAGCGGGUUCAGCAGGCUCUUCAGGUUUGCUUCCUGUCUGUCCACAAGACUCAGACAGCUCUGUGACAGACGUGAGCCCGCUUUCCUCUCCUGACAUCAGUCCUGUCCCAUCUGUGGACUUGAACCACAAAGAGGUUGAAGUUGGGAGCCUAAAAUAUCAUCCACGGGAAAGACUGCCCUCCAGUGCCUCAAGCAGUGUACAGCAAGUUGAGGAUUCAGACCUGGAUGAGGAUGACUGCUCUGUCAGUUUAGACAGUCGAGAUGGAGAUAAACUCAUCAGCCACCAUUCUGGAAGAAGGAACAGGAGGAACUACUCUUUCUCCAAUGAUGAAGUCUGGCGCAUAGAUAAUGAGAACCAGCGGCUUCUCCGAGCACUCUCACGUGUUUCUGUGAGGUCCGCAGCUAGCAGUGCAGUUGGGCUGAAAGCCCAUACAAAAAAAAAAUCUCCACUAAUUCGACCCUCUCACAGCGCAAUCAACAGACAACGGGAACAACAACGCAUCGAGAGAGAGAACCUGGCUUUCCUGAAGAGGCUGCAGUCUGUCAAACCUACACCUGGUUUGAGGCAUUCACAGCAACUAGCGGACUAUCAGCGCAAUGUUGGAUACCUGGGAUCUCAUUCAUUCCCCAACUACAACUCCACCACUAAGAUGGAGAGGUCUGUGAGCAAGACAUCCACAACUAUGACAUUCAGCCCAGCUGGAACUUCUCGCCGUAAAACCAGAGCUGAUUCGACUCGCUGCACACCUGUACCAACCCCAUAAUCUAAGGGCAGCGUGUUGAGAAG